CCAUCAGCGAGCGCAAUGAAAUCGAGGCAGCGUAAACAGUACUCCAGGAACAUGAAAAGAUCGGAUGACAGUGAGAGGGAAAAGAGGAGAAAGAGGCGAAGGCUUCUACAGGAACUGGGAGAACAGAGGAUUCCCUACCUUUCUCCCACAGACCCGGGAUUCCAGGAACUGUGGGACUCCAGUUAUGCGGGACUGGCUUUACGGCAGUCUGGUACUCUCCCAGACAGUCUCCAUAAGAAGGUGCAGUCUGCUCUGAUAACUUUUCAGCGCCGUGGCUGCCUCCUCAGAGAUCUCGUUCGUGUUCGAGACCGAGACAUCUUCACAGCCGUUUCACGGGCCCUUGUGGGUCAGCCAGGCUACACAUACCGUUAUCUGGACACCCGUCUCUUCACUAUCCCCUGGCACCGUGAGGGGGGCGAUGGCCAGAGAGAUGAGAAAGAGAAACUGUGCUGUGACUCUGACCUGAGGGACGCUUGCAAAGCAUUGUGGGAGCUCAAUCAGUUCUUUUGCACAGAUGUGCAACAGCAGACAAAAGUGAGAGGCGUCAAACGUUCUCUCAGUGACACCGAAAACAGUGAAGACACACCAGGGGAGGGGACGUGUGAAGAGAGUUCUAAGGACAGGUUACAUGAGAAGACCGAGGAGGAAGAGCAGAGGACAGAAGAGGAGGCAGAGGAAGCCGACAGCGGUCAGGGCUGCUCACAUUCCUCACCUCCCUCCUCACCACCACCCCCUGCUGUGAGCAGCCCGGUCCAGUUUAACAUUACUCUCAUCAAUUAUAUGAACCCCACAGCCAUGACCCAACUGAAGGAAGAGCCAUAUUAUGGAAUGGGCAAAAUGGCAGUUGGUUGGCAUCAUGAUGAGAACUUGGUGCCUCUCUCACCAGUCGCUGUCUACAGUUAUAGCUGCCCAGCAGAGCCAAAGAAUGAAGAAGUGACUGAGAAAGACGGGGAGGGAAAAAGUCAAGAAAAAGAGACAGAGACGAAGGCUGAAGGAACGAGUAAAGAUGAAGGAGAGAAGGACAAAGGUGAAGGUUCGAAGAAAGAGGAAGUGGAGAAAGAGAAGGCAUGUUGGCGUGUUGGACUGAAGGUAGCCUGGGACAUCCACACACCAGGCCUGGCCCUGCCUCUGCAGUCUGGAGACUGCUACUAUAUGACAGAUGAUCUGAAUCGGACACAUCAGCACUGUGUUCUGGCUGGUGACACUGCUAGAUUCAGCUCCACACACAGAGUUGUACAGUGUUGUACAGGUACGCUGGACUACAUACAGAAACGUUGCUCAGAGGCUUUGGAAAAUUUACACACGGACCCUGCGAAUGACACCAGGAGCCUGCGUUCCCUCCUUCCCUCCACCCUGCAACACAUUGAGGAUAUCCACAAUGAGGUGGAGUUUGAAUGGCUGAGACAGUACUGGUUCCAGGGCCGACGUUACGCUCCAUUCUGCAGCUGGUGGACUAAACCCAUUGAACAGCUGGAGAAAGACUGGAAGGAAAUGGAGCGAAUGACUCAUCUGCUGCUGGCUGUGGUGGAGGAUGAGAACACAGCACAUGAGAACAGAAGAGAGAUGGCAGACAUUUUACUGAAUGCCCUGACAGACAGACAGCAACACAGACAGACAUGGAGAGACAGAUGCCGGUCAAGCCUGGCUCAGACUUUGCCCUCCGAAGAAGCACCUGUUGACCGACCCUAUUGGAGUAACGAAGAUCCCGACAUGCCCUUGCCCUUUGACCUCUCUGACAUUAUCAACCGUGUUGAGUCACUUCUCUGGAGGAUGUAAUGAUGGUGUUAGUGAAGGGGAGAGAGAAUGUUAUGAGGUGGAUGAUAAGAUAUAAAAGCCAUGAUGGAGAGACCACAGGUGACAAAGUACAACAGUACAACACACACCUGGUCAGUUUCUCUUUACCUGGCCUAUUCCACCUGACUGAAGACCAACAUUCACCUACACACACAACAUUGAGGUCCACUCUGAUGAACGGAUGGAUACCUGGAUGAAGGGAAUAAUACAGGGGGACAUCUUGAUAGGACAUUUUCUUUUCCUGUUUCCAUCAUUUACUAUCACUUUAACAAAGUCUGUAGUGUUACAAUGACCAUGCAUAGAUGCAUAUCAGUAGUGGCAUACAAUAACUAUCCAUAAAUAUACGUAUAUAUCCAUAAAUGUAUGUAUUAGUUCAGUUCUCCAUAUAUCCUUUCAAGCUUUUUAGGACAGCCAUCAUAUAGAUGUAAACAGUAUACACAGUUCACUUCUCCUCUGUGUGUGCAUGUAUGUGUUCGUCUGCGUGCCAUCUUUUGAGGGGAAAAGUACCUGUAGAUCGAAUCCCAGUUAAAAAGGCUAUGACAUUAUGGGGCGAGAUUUAUGACAUCAUUAACAGGUGUAUAGGUGUGCAGUUGCCUUUUGCUGGGCAUAUUGUCUGAGGAUUUAUAUGAAUAUGCCCAAGUGUGUUUGAACGUUUGCUUGUGUGUGACUGUUUGAGAAGGUACAGUUAAAGUUGUUAGUCUGACAUUGUCAGUGAUGUUUGUGUAGACAGGUGGAUGUAAGUACGUGGUACGCACAUGUGUAAGUAAUUGUUUAAGACUGUUUUAUUUCCGUGUGCAGUUGAAUAUGAGGGUGUGUGUGUGUUUGUAUUUGUGUACAUAAGAUGUUUCUCUCCCAAGCUGAGUAGUGUUGAUAGGCAGCUCUUGCUGAACUCUUCAAGAGAACUUACACCCCAUGCGUUGCAUAAAUCCCGCAGCUCAUUGGCUCUUAACCGUUCAAUAACGCCUGCCUAUAUCAGAAAUGCUGCUGGUUUCGUGAGGAAUGCACUUGAACAUCUUUAAACGAAUGAGGGAUGAAGAAAAGCACUCUUAACAUCCUCUAAAUGAAUGAAGGAUGAAUGAAAAGGGAUGACUGUUGAAGCCAAGCAGCUUUCUCUUUCUUUUUAAGGUUUUUCUAUGUCAUCAGUGUUAACGCAGAAGAUCCAUAUUAUAGUAUUCAAAGAAGAUGCUUAAAUGUGUUUUAUACUUUUGAUGAUUUAGAGUUGUCAUUGGUUGCCAAAUAUUGUGUUAUUGCUGAGUAAAUGCUGUGAGGUUGGUUUAUAUAUAUAUAUAUAUAUAUAUAUAUAUAUAUAUAUAUAUAUAUAUAUAUAUAAUCUUUCUUUCGUUGUGUUUUUCUGUAUUCUUUCUCCGGCGUGCCACAAGCCCUACUGCUUUUCUGAAAGCAUUGUGUGUGCA